CAGGAGGAGGAGAGGAGAGGGGGAGGAGGUGGAGGAGGCGACGCAGGAGGAGGCGAAGCAGGAGGAGGAGACGCAGGAGGAGGAGACGCAGGAGGAGGAGGAGAGGGGGGAGGGCCGCGGCUGCCCCCGCCCAGCCGAGCCUCGGGAGCGCCGGGAACCCCAGUCCCCGGCGCGCUCUCCGCGCCCUCCCACGCCGCCCGCCCGCACCUAGGGUCGCAGGUGCCCCGAUCGGCCGGAGCCUCUGCGGAAGCAAGGGCGCAGCCGGGUCAGGCGCGGGGCCGAAGCGGGGUCCUGCGGGCUCUCUGUCCGUCCGUCCACCCAUCGGCCGCGGGAGCUCCUAGGAGGCGUCAUGUAGCAGCGGCCGCAGCCCCAGCCCCUGGCGGAUCAGCAACUAUUUAUUUAUUUAUUUGUUUGUUUUUUUUGGGGGGGGGGCAGGGGCGCGGCCAAACAGUCUCUUCGGCCCGCCUUCUCGCCUCCUCCCAUCUGCUCGCCGCACCAGCCUCUCAAAAGCGAGGGGUUCGAGAGGGCGGGGCGGUGGGUCGGAGUGGGACCCGCGGUCCCGGCGUGCGGAAGCCAUGGCCGAGGAGAGCAGCGAGGUGCCCCGCGAGCUGACAGAAAGCGUGAAGGACUUGCUUGGCAGGAAGACCAGGAUCGGUGUGAAGAAGAAAGUCAAGCUGGAAGUGAAGGGGGACAAACUUGAGAACAAGGUGCUGGUGCUCACGUCCUGCCGCGCCUUCCUCCUCGCCGCGCGGGUGCCCACCAAGCUGGAGCUGAGCUUCAACUACUUGGACAUUCACGGCGUCACCUGCAGCAAGCCCGCCCAGAUGGUCCUGGACACGGAGAAGCACAGCCUGUCCCUGCGGAUGGCGUCGCCCGAGGACGUGAGCGACGUGCUGGCCCAUGUGGGCUCCUGCCUGCGGAGGACCUUCCCCGGCCUGUCUCCCCUGAAGAUCAUGAAGAGGGUGUCCGUGGAGCCGGCGGAGCGCCUGGCCAGCCUGCAGGCCCGGUGGGACAGCCAGCCCCUGGCCGAGCAGGGCCCCUGCGGUGGGUUUUCUCAGAUGUACGCCUACGUCUGCGACUGGCUGGGGCUCCCGUACCGGGAGGAGGUGCAGUGGGACGUGGACACCAUCUACCUGACACAGGACACCCGGGAGCUGAAUCUGCAGGACUUCAGUCACCUGGACCACAGGGACCUGAUCCCCAUCAUCGCGGCCCUGGAGUACAACCAGUGGUUCACCAAGCUGUCCGCCAAGGACCUGCGGCUGUCCGCCGACGUCUGCGAGCACGUGCUGCGGGUGGUGAGCAGGUCCGGUCGGCUGGAAGAGCUGGUGCUGGAGAACGCCGGACUGCGAGCAGACUUUGCCCAGAGGCUGGCCAGUGCGCUGGCGCACAACCCGGGCUCCGCGCUGCACACCAUCGACCUUGCUGGCAACGCGCUGGAGGACCGAGGUGUGUCCUCGCUGAGUGUCCAGUUUGCCAAACUCCCGAAGGGACUGAAGCAUUUAAACCUGUCUAAGACCUCACUGUCUCCGAAAGGGGUGAGCAGCCUUUCCCAGUCCCUCAGUGCCAACCCGCUGACCGCCACCACCCUCUGCCACCUGGACCUCUCGGGGAACGUCCUCCGCGGAGACGACCUCUCGCACAUGUACAGCUUUUUGGCCCAGCCGAAUGCCCUCGCCCACCUGGAUCUAUCCAACACAGAAUGUUCCCUGGACAUGGUCUGCGGCGCGCUGCUCCGCGGGUGCCUCCAGUACCUCGCCGUGCUCAACCUCUCCCGGGCCGUCUUCUCGCACCGGAAAGGCAAGGAGGUGCCCCCGUCCUUCAAGCAGUUUUUCGGCAGCUCCCUGGCGCUGACGCACAUCAACCUGUCCGGCACGAAGCUGGCCCCCGAGCCCUUGAAGGCGCUGCUGCUCAGCCUGGCCAGCAAUCACAACCUGAAGGCCGUGUCCCUGGACCUCAGCGGCUGCGAGCUGCGGUCGGGAGGCGCGCAGGUGCUGGAGGGCUGCAUCGCCGAGAUCCACAACAUCACCAGCCUGGACAUCUCCGACAACGGCUUAGAGUCCGACCUCUCCACCUUGAUCGUGUGGCUCAGUAAAAACCGGUCCAUACAACACCUGGCGCUAGGCAAAAACUUUAAUAACAUGAAAUCCAAAAAUCUGGCCCCCGUACUGGACAACUUGGUGCAGAUGAUUCAAGACGAGGAAUCGCCUCUGCAGUCCCUGUCCCUGGCCGACUCCAAGCUCAAGACCGAGGUCACCAUCCUCAUCAACGCGCUGGGCAGCAACACGUCCCUGACCGCAGUGGACAUCAGCGGGAACGCCAUGGGCGACCUGGGCGCCAGGAUGCUGGCCAAGGCGCUGCAGAUCAACACCAAGCUCAGGACUGUGAUAUGGGACAAGAACAACAUCACCGCACAAGGCUUUCAAGAUAUAGCCGUUGCUAUGGAGAAGAACUACACCCUGAGGUUCAUGCCCAUCCCCAUGUACGACGCCGCCCAGGCCCUGAAGACCAGCCCCGAGAAGACGGAGGAGGCCCUGCAGAAGAUCGAGAACUACCUGCUGCGGAACCACGAGACCAGGAAGUACCUGCAGGAGCAGGCCUACCGCCUCCAGCAGGGCAUCGUCAGCAGCACCACGCAGCAGAUGGUCGACAGGAUGUGCGUGAAGGUGCAGGACCACCUGAACUCGCUGCGCAACUGCGCGGGGGACGCCGUCCAGGAGGACGUGAAGGCCGCGGAGCGGCUCAUGCGGGACGCCAAGAACUCCAAGACGUUGUUGCCAAACUUGUACCACGUCGGCAGCGCGUCCUGGGCGGGAGCCGGUGGCCUGCUGUCCAGCCCCAUCCAGGAGACGCUGGAGUCCAUGGCUGGAGAGGUGACGAGGGUGGUGGACGAGCAGCUGAAGGUGCUGCUGGAGUCCAUGGUGGACGCCGCCGAGAGCCUGUGCCCCCACGUGCUGAGGAAGGCCCGCCUGCGGCAGGACCUGCUGCAGGCCAGCACGGAGAAGAUCUCCAUCCCCCGCACCUUUGUGAAGAACGUGCUGCUGGAGCAGUCCGGGGUGGACAUCCUCAACAAGAUCAGCGAGGUGAAGCUGACCGUGGCCUCCUUCCUGUCCGACCGGAUCGUGGACGAGAUUCUGGACGCGCUCUCGCACAGCCACCACACGCUGACCGAGCACUUCGCCCGGCGGGGCAGGACCCCCCCCGCGGCCGAGGCCCCGGACGUGGAGCUGGCUGACGAGAAGCCCGCCCGGCGCCCGGCGCCCGCGGCCGAGGAGCUCACGGAGGUGGAGCGUCUGGAGGACCUGGACACCUGCAUGCAUUUACACCGUACGUGGCAUGUGAAGUGCGGACACGAGAUUAGCUGUUCCGUGUGUGGGAAAUGCUCGGAAGCGCAGAUGACCCCCAAGUCCAAGAGGAAGACGAUCCACAGCCGGAUGCUGCGGCCGGUCUCCAGGGCCUUCGAGAUGGAGUUCGACCUGGACAAGGCGCUGGAGGACGUGCCCAUCCACGUGGAGGACCCGCCCGGCCGGCCGGAGAGGCGGGGCUCGGGCCUCAUCGCGGAGCUGCCUUCCGAGGAGGGCAGGAAGCUGCAGCAUUUCACCAAGCUGCGGCCGCGGCGCCACAAGAAGCAGCAGCCCACCCAGGCGGCGGUCUGCGCCGCCGCCCCCGCGGCCCCGGAUGGCGAGCAGAACGGCCUCAUGGGCCGAGUGGACGAAGGGGUCGACGAGUUCUUCACCAAGAAGGUGACCAAGAUGAGGUCGUCCGUGCGGGGCCCCGAGCCCCCCGAGCUCUGCGAGGGGGGCGACGAGAAGAAGAAGCGGGAGUCCCGGAGGAGCGGCUUCCUCAACCUCAUCAAACCCCGGUCCAAGCCCGAGCGGCCGCCGACGGUGCUGAUGGCGGAGGAGCCGUCCUCGCCCAAGGGCGCGGUCCGGGGCCCGGCCGGGGACACGCCCAGGCGGGACUCGCGGCCGGCGGAGCACAACGGCGGUUCCGAGCGGGCGGAGGAGACCGGGAUGCCUGAGGCCGCGGACGAGAGCCCGGCGGCGGACGAGGCGGGGCGGCCGGAGCCCGGGGACGGCAGGGGCAGCCCCCAGGGCGGCCGGCGGUACGGGGUGCAGGUGAUGGGCAGCGGGCUGCUGGCGGAGAUGAAGGCCAAGCAGGAGCGCCGGGCGGCCUGUGUGCACAAGAAGCUCGGGAACGCCGCCGCCUCCCAGGAGCCUCCCAGCCCGGCCGUGACCUCGGAGCAGCUGGACGGCGGUGGGGCAGGGCCUAAACUGCAGCCCGCCCUUCCGGAGACGCGCUUCAGCUUGGGGUCCCCAGAGAAGAACGCCAAGGCGGACCCCCGAGUGGACGCGGGCUUCCGGGCCCGCAGCGCCUCCAACCCCAAGCCCGCGCUGCAGUCGCCCAGGCCCAGCCUGGCGGCCCGGCCGGCCAUCCCGCAGAAGCCGAGGACCGCCUCGCGGGCUGACGACGCCCCGGACUCGCCACCCAGCCUCGGGUCCCCCAAAGUGGCUCUGCUGCCUCCCGUGCUGAAGAAGGCCCCCUCGGACAAGGAGCGGGAAGGCCAGGGGAGCCCCCAGCCCAGCCCGAGGACCUUUUCCCAGGAAGUGGCGCAAAGAGGAGAGUGUUACAAAAGGCACUUGGGUCACAGCAGUGACCGGCCUUCCAGCCGCGGGAAAAGAUCUUCCAAGCUGCCCUUCACGCCCACGGAAGAGGAGCUGGACGCAGCGGGGCGCAGGAAGCCGCAGCCGACACAGGCCUCGAGGAGGAGCUGGGGCCCGCAGCCCCCGGAGCCCCCCGAGCAGAAGCCGUGGCCCCCCAGCAAAGACAGCCUUCCCGGCAGCAAGUCCAGCGACUCCGGGGAGGAAGCCGAGAAGGAGUUCAUCUUCGUGUGAGGGUCGCGCCGGUGGGCGCCCCGUGCAGCUCCGCCCCCUCCCAGGCGCCUGCGUCCGGGUGCUUUUUUCUUUGCCUUCUUCCUCUUUUCUCCUCCUCCUCCUUUUUAAACAGAAAGAGAUCCGUUUGCUAGUACUCAGAGCACAUCUGUCGGGGCUCCCCCAGCCCCGGCACUUCGUCUCCAAGCAUUCCUCGUAGGCCUUGGACGGGCGUCACCAGGCACGACUGUGUCUCCCGGGGGGG